AUGCCAGUUCCUUUUGAAGCCCUUCUUCCUUUAGGUAUCGUCACUGCAAUGUUCGGAGUAACUGGUACCUUACUUCAUGCUUCAAAAUCUCAUUAUCACAAUUGGGAUACAGAAAUGAUGGAACGUGAUCGAAGAUUAAUGGGAAGUCCUCAUCGUCAAACAUCUGAACCUAUUGCACCAAAAGAAUUUUCAACAAACAGUGUUUGGUAUUUGACAACAAAGAAAAUUCUAUGGCAAUAA